GUUAUAUUAAUAUUUUCGUGCUGAAUUUCAUAUAAACUUUUGUAAUAUUUAUAUUUUUCCUUAAAAACAUUUAACACUUGAUAAUUUUCAUUUUAAAACUACUAACCCUAAAUUCAUAUAAAAAAUAUCUUAAUGGAAAAAAAUAGCCAAGUAAUUCAAAAAUUUAUAUUAGCAUCUAAAUCUUGCUCAAUUCUAGGUACUAUAUAUGGGAAAUGUAUAAUAAAAAAUACAAAUAAUAUACAAAAAGAUACAUGUAUUUCUGAAUUUCAAAAAUUUAAAAGCUGUUUAGAAAAUAUAGUUUGCUCUAAGUAUACGUAACAUUAUAAUUAAAAUAUUAUAGAUUAAACACAAAUGGUGAUUUAAAAAAUCAAAGUCUUUUCAUUAUAAACUCAUUUCAACAAAAAAAUUAUCAUUAAGAUUUGUUAUAUUGUAUUUCUAUUAUAAUAGUUUUGAUCAAAAAUUUAACUAUUUGUAUUUCAAAGAAAUACACUAAAAUUAUUUUCGCCAUUCUUUCAUCAUUAAAUAGGUUUAAUCCAUAUAUUUUUUAUAUAAUUUAUGGCUAUAUUAAUUCACUAAUAUCACAAACUUACUGUUGUAUAAUAUUGAU